AGCCCAGCACCAGCUGUGUUACGGGGGCAGGCGAGGGAAGCCCUGGCAAUAAAAGCUUAGAGCUAGCUGUGUACAAGAAGGCUGGGGAGAGGCUGUAGCUGGGAGGGAACCGCACUGAGCCUACAGGUAGCUGGGGCAAAGUCCAGGAGGUGGGUGCCUAGAGCCAGCUGUGCAGAGGAGGCUGGGGGAUAAAUGCUGGGCAUUGAGUCCUAAAGGCAGCUGUGUGCAGGGGACAGACGCUAGGCACUGAAUGCUAGAGCCAGCUGUGUGCAGGUGGGAUGGGACAGACGGUGGGGAUUGAGGGCUAGAGCCAGCUGUGUGCCGCGGAGGCUGGAGGAGGAGCAGGUGCAAGCGCCGUCCGCUCUGCAGCAUGGCGAGGAAGCCUAGCACCCAGCUGCCAAGUGUCCUGCCCGCCCAGAGGAAGCUCCGCAGCGGUUUUGCCGAGCCCCGGCCCCUGUGAGGUGGGGAGUCUCACACAGCAGCCAGCCCCCAGCCUCUGCCUGGCCCCGGCGCCCUGGGGAGGAGUCAGGUGUCUCCAGCGGGGCAGCUCAGCUGCGCCGGACGCCGCUACACCCGCCGGGAGGAGGAUGAGGAGCCGCCCUGCCCCAGGGGAGAUUGCCGAGGGUUGACUUCUGCGUUGGAGCCUUGUUUGUGUUUCACUUAAGUUGAAAUAUUAGAAGCUAUGGCGAAAGAAUGCCUAAAGAACUGCUGCAAAGGGUGUUUCUACGUGGAGAAGGAAAAGAAUGACUUUUCCAUGGAGAAGGAAUCUGAAGCUGCAGCUGAAAACAGGCAAAGCAUUGUGGAGAAACCUCCAUUGUCUUCUGUGUCAGUUAAGCGUCAAGUUGGCUGUUCUGAGGAUUAUCUCCUUGCGAAACUGCCAUCGGAUGGCAGGGAGGUCCCAUUUGUGCUCCCUCAGCUUAAACUAGCUUACAUACAACCCAAGAAUCUUGGCAGUUUGUCGCACGUUGGGGAAAUUCAAGGAUCUGCCAGAGCCUUUGUUGGUGACAGGAAAGCAGAACUUUCCAAUAUAUACCAGCAGGGGCCCCACGGUGACGUGGUGUAUAAUCCAUUCUAUAGGCAGCAGAAUAUUUCACCGGAUCUGACUAGGCGCUUCCCAGAAAAAUCGGAUGUGAGAUUAUAUGGAUCAGUUUGUGAUUUAAGGAGUAGCACACUUCCUGGAUCACCUGGUUUAAGCCAUUCGCUGUUUGAUCUCACUAAUCCACCCCAUCGUGUCAUCCAGAGAUAUGAUUCAGUCUCCAGUGUACCCAGUAGUACCUCCUCGAAGAAGGAUUCGCAAGGCAGUAACAGGAGCCUGGAUACCAUUACGUUAUCAGGUGAUGAACGAGACUUUGGAAGAAUGAAUGUGAAACUCUGUUAUGUUCCUUCUGCAGAACAGAUCUGGAUCACAAUCUUGCAUUGCAAAGAUCUGAGUUGGCCUUCUAGUUGUGGAGAAAAUCCUUAUAUUUCUGUCAAAGGAAUUCUGAUGUUGCCUAAGCCAGUGCAGUUCAAAUCUUCAGCCAAAGAAGGUUCCAAUGACAUUGAAUUCAUGGAAACCUUUGUGUUUACUAUCAAAUUGCAAAUUCUGCAGACUAUAAGACUAGUGUUUAAAAUCCAAACUCAGACUCCCCGGAAGAAAACAAUCGGAGAGUGUUCCCUGCCACUACGAGAGCUCAAUUCACAGGAAUCCGAUCAUUGGUUGGAUAUAAUGCCUCCUUCCAAAGUUUCAGUGUGCAAAGCAGAACUUCAAAUAGGAACCUGUUUUCAAGCAAUAAACAGCAGGAUUCAGUUACAGAUUCUUGAAGCCCAAAGCCUCCCAAGUUCAUCCACACCACUCUCUUUAAAUUGCUUUGUGAAGGUUUCAAUGUUUACUACAGAAGGGUUGAUUUAUAAGAAAAAGACUCGUCUAUUGAAACCCACCAAUGGCCAAGUGAAGUGGGGAGAAACAAUGAUUUUUCCAGUUAGCCUGAAUGAACAAGGAAUUAAUUUUCUCAUCAAACUCUACAGCAGGACCUCAGUGAGAAGAAAACAGUUCCUGGGACAGGUCUGGCUAAGCUCUAAUAGCAAUAGUAGUGAAGCAGCAGAUCAGUGGAGAGAUACAAUCGCAAACCCCGAAAAGGUAGUCAUUAAAUGGCAUAACAUAAAUCCAUCCUGAAGAUGUCAAAGAAGAAUUCAGUACUGAUAUGGACUUGCUACAAGAAACUCUUGCACUCUUAAAAUGAACUAAUACAGAUAAAAAGAGGGAAAAUACUAUCUACUUGAAUGUUUCAGGAAGUCUGGACUUGCAUCACAUAUUGUUAACGGGAAUAAGCCAAAAGGAAAAGGGAUCAGAGCUUUCACAGAGUACUGCUGGCAAAAUACUGAUAUGAUAACAGGUGGGAAUUAGUGAAACUGUACACUGAAGUAAAACACCACCUUGAGAAGUGAACUGUUGUUGCUAUAGUUUUUCCAAGAAGGAUUAUAUAAUAUAGUGUUUAUGUAAAUUUAAAGCCUAUUUUAAAAGGGGGUGUGUGGAAUUGAACUCAUGUCCUUUUGUAUUUUAAACUUCUUUAUAGAAGGCUUGAAAGGGGUUUUGUGUGUAUUUUUGGUUUUGUUUUGGGUUUUUUCCAAAAGGAUUUCUCUGAACUUUUUAAGUAACAAUAGAAACGCAGUUCUCAUCUCCCCUGGAAAUGUCUAUAGAUGACUGGAGAACGGGCAGGAUUAUAUCUUUGAUACUAAACAAGUGAAAUCAGACUGAAAGGGAAAGUGUUGUUUGUUCAAACUACUUAUAACUAUUUUUUUCUAAAAGGCAACAAAGAGUCCUGUGGCACCUUAUAGACUAACAGAUGUAUUGGAGCAUAAGCUUUCGUGGGUGAAUACCCACUUCGUCAGACGCAUUUUUUCUAAGUAACUCCUGAAUAAACAGGAGAAAAGAUGCAACAUCACAACACUUCCAUUAAGGGUUGAGAAUUUUUCCCUUCCUCUUGAGACUGUCACAAAACCAGGGAAAUGAAGACAUGAUAUUCCUGAUAUUUCAAAGACCACACAAAAGCAGCAGAAUUUAAAAAAUAAACAAACCCCUUUUAGGCCUUUUAUUUUUUUUCCCCUUUUUUAAUUAAAAGAGGCAACAAACUUUUUUUUUUUUUUCCCCUUGCAGAUUCUGAAACAAUGUUGGUAUCAAGUCUCUGAAAGCAGAAACUUGAUUCUGAUUUUUUUCCCCAUUGUUCUCUGUCAUGGGUCUACAUGUGAAGCCUUUAGUUGGGCAGGCUCACAUUGACAUCAGUGGGAGUCUGCCCACGUAGGUACUUCCCUUUUGGGGACCCUCCAUUAAGAUCGAGGGGGUCGCAUGAGUAUUGACUCCAUUUGAAUGGAAUGAAAUGAACAUCUCUACAAAUGAGCAAACUUCAGGGGGUAGAGCCUCAGCUGUGGCUUUGGAGCACUUAGCAGAGCUAAGGAGUGGGGAACACACAGGGAUCCUGGGGUCACCCCAAGCAGUAGUCAGAGCCCAAAGACUGCUCUGCCUUGUGCCAGUUGGCAGCAGCCACAAAGGGUCAUUACAGCAGCCAGGGAUAGUGGUGGGGCAUAGGCGCUCUUUUUUCUUCCAGCUGCCUCUGCUAUUUUGACACAGGGGAGUGGAAUAGUGCUGUAAGAGUUACUAUGGCUACUCUGUGCCACCCAAGGAUCUCCCUAUGCGGGCGAGGUACUGCAGGGGCUGGAUCUGUUUGCUUUAGGGCUGCUUUGUGCUGGUGGAAUGGGGAAAAGUGGCCAGAGCAAGGCCUGGGAUUGGGGCCAGUAUUUGUGGAUAAAUUUCUCCAUUUGUAUUUUUUAAAACCAUAAACCACUUCCUAUCUAAUCAAUGAUGCUGUAGUGUUUACUUACAUUUUUUGAAAGCCAGACUAACCUGUACUGUGGAACGAGCAAAUAUUUACUGAUCUAGCAGUGCUUAUAAAAUGUUCAUUGGAACACAGCACACAGUAGGACUCGGGUUUUAUUUAAGAGGUAGGCCGAAAGUGAGAGAAUUUUAGUACAGCUAUAAGAAUCUGAAGAGUAACAAUUUGAGGUUUAUCUUCAGUGCAAAUGGCACCAAUAUUUAUUUAUUUUUAUUUUUUUUUUGUGGUGCCACCUUGGCACGCCAUAGCUAAACCUAGCUUCUUUUCAUUCCAUAUCUUCACAUAGCUGUUUAUGAAGAAUAAUAAUUUUCACUCUGGGCUUUAAUUUGAUAAAUAAGAUGCAUGUAUAAUAUACAGGCAUCUAAAACCCAUAACCUUUUUGCACUCCUGUAACUUUUGGAAUGUUAAAAAAAUAAAUCUAUAAAUACGUAUUUACUCGAUCACUCAUCCCUUACCAAUUCUUUAUUCGCUACCUAUACAGAGUGCACAGACACUGUCUGCGUACUCUAUAUAGAUAGACAAAAUGAGUUUACCCUAUUGGUUUAACUUCAAAUCCACUCUCACAUGAUGUGUUUGCAUAUUUGGAUUUGAAUGAGAAUGUUUUUGGAAUAUGCUCUUCUUAGAGGAGAGAGAGGCUGUGGGAAGGAACAGCUGAGGGGCCAGAGAAAAUAAUCUAAUGGAAGAACACACACCUUGUAAAGACAGUCCUGUAAUAUUUGUUUACAGUUUGAUGCGGGGGAGGAUUUUCAUGAAAUGUCAAACUGGAAAGACCAGCUAUAUUAUGGGCUGAAACUUUUCAAAUGUCAGCAAAUUUUCAUUGAUGUUUGAACAAAAAACAAAUGGGGGAGAAUGCAACGAGUGUGUGUGUGUGUGUAUGUGUGUGUACUUCCACUUUUUUCACCAUCUCCAGAAAACAACUAAAACAAGAUUUUAAUAUUUUAGCCCUGGAUCCUCACCAUUAGGAGACAAAUAUUGAAUCCUGCUCCUGUUGAUGUCAAUUGCAAAAUUCCCAUGGGGUCCAACUCAUCCUUGGUUAUAGUACUGAUUUAUGUCUGAUCAAUUUGGCCAGCUGACUUCAGUGAGAACAGGAUCUGGCCUUCACUGAUCUUUCUGUAAUCUCUCUAUUUUAAUAUGUCCGAUGUAUCUCCUUUCAUGAUAACAAAAGUAUUGUAAGCAGGGGUGCUGAGUAUCUGUUGCUUCAUGCAGUCCUGGUCAGCACUACUAAUGGGGGAGGGAAGGAGAAGGGCAAGGAAUGUUCCAACAUUUUGGAAGCCACAAUUUAUUACAAAGUCUUCUCUAAAGAGAAUUAGUCGUGUUUAAAAUUACUUAUGGUUGUCUUCAGACACUGAGCCUUGUUUAAAACAUAAUUGGUCAUGUUCCCUUCUUGCUAUGUUGACAUUUUAAUAUAUACCUUUAUGUUAACAUUUUAUUCCAAAUACAUAGGUAAU